UCUGGGAAUAUACUCUGUACUUUCUCCUUUUCUCCAUCUGAAAACGAGGGAAAAGAAAAGAAAAUCACAGGAGAGGAAAGAAAUCAGCUCGUCGAAAGCUUCCGUCCAUGGCGUCUCGCCGGCGAGUCCUCCUGAAGGUCAUAAUUCUCGGCGACAGUGGGGUCGGGAAGACGUCUUUGAUGAAUCAGUUUGUGAAUCGCAAGUUUAGCAAUCAGUAUAAAGCGACGAUUGGAGCCGAUUUCUUGACGAAAGAGGUUCAGAUUGAUGACAGGUUAUUUACUUUGCAGAUAUGGGAUACCGCCGGGCAAGAGAGGUUCCAAAGUUUAGGGGUGGCGUUCUACCGAGGUGCGGAUUGUUGUGUUCUUGUCUAUGAUGUCAAUGUCAUGAAAUCUUUUGAUAACCUUAACAAUUGGAGGGAAGAGUUCUUGAUCCAGGCAAGCCCAUCAGAUCCCGAGAACUUCCCGUUUGUCGUCUUGGGGAAUAAGAUAGACGUCGACGGUGGCAAGAGCCGAGUGGUUUCGGAGAAGAAAGCAAAGGCAUGGUGUGCAUCAAAGGGAAACAUUCCUUACUUCGAGACGUCGGCCAAAGAAGGAUUCAAUGUGGACGCAGCUUUCGAGUGCAUAGCCAAAAAUGCGCUCAAGAAUGAACCCGAAGAAGAAGUGUACCUCCCCGACACCAUUGAUGUUGCCGGUGCUCGGCAACAAAGAUCCACAGGGUGUGAAUGCUGAAAACGAUUGCCAAUGUUUGCUUGUGGAAAUUUUCCAUGCUUUGAAAUUAGUCGUUUUCUGUUCCUUUUUUUUUUUUUUUUUUGACAUGCCGUGUAUACAUAUAACAUAUGCUCCGUUGUUUCAUUUCAGAAUUUGUAUGUUUCACGAUUAAUUUCAUACUUGUCCAUUUUUUUAUUUUGGUUUGA